AUGACUCUCCAUUCGUUUGCUGAAGGCUCGUGCCCUAAUCCACAAGGUGCCGUUCCGAAUCCAGCCAUCUCAGACUCCUGCCAGACCAUUCCGAGAAAAGGUCACAACACUGACUCGGAUGUUCCUGACUCCAUGAAUUCAUUACUGAAUUCUUCCAAGUGGACACCAACCACUCGAGCUCCGGUCAAUUUUCAGCGGCAUCCUGCGGGAGAGUCUCAGUGUAACUCCGCUCCUGAUCUCACCAGACAAGUCGUUCGUUGCGAGAUAUACCCCAUGUUAUUGGGUAUGCACAGUGACGUUUGGCGAUCAAUGUGGUAUCAUGACAAGCAUGAGCAUGAUGUCGCGGUCAAGUCGCUGAUGAUGAUUCCAUUUUCCAAUGAGGACAAAAAAUGCAGGAAUUGUCAAAAACUGAUGGGCAAAAUAUCAUCUUUCGCGCAGUUACUUCACAAAAAUGUUCUGCCACUAUAUGGAAUUGCACACGGUUUUGGGCACUUUCUCUCGCUGGUGACACCCUGGGUGAACAACAGGUCGUUGAAUGAGUACAUCGCUAAUCAUCAAUUGUCAUUGGCGAGCAAGUUUGAUCUCGCCAAACAGGUAGUAGCUGGCCUUAGCUAUCUACACGCUCAUUCUAUCGUGCAUGGAGAUAUAUCUGGACUCAAUAUUCUGGUGGACCAUGAGGGUAGAGCACAAUUAUGUGACUUCGGAGUCAUGUCGUUGCUCACAGAAAUCCCAUCUUUGGCACAGUCAUCUGGAGGUAUCCGCUCUGCAGUGCGAUGGACCGAUCCUCGGUUAUUCGAUGCGCAAGAUGGCGAAAUAAAUUCAUGCAUACCAACAGAGCAGACUGACAUCUAUUCAAUAGGCAGUGUUCUCCUGCAGUUGCUCACGGGAUCAAUACCUUACUAUGAUAUCAAGGAUAACAUUUGUGUCCUUGUAUUAUCUUCGAGAGGCGUAAAGCCCAAAUGUCCUCCAGAAACAAACAUCACUAGUGUGCACUGGAGUUUUAUUCAAUGA